CUUUUUGUGUUUCAUCAAAUUCAAAACAGCAGGCAAGGCACAAAAAAAAUUGAUUGUCUUGCAAUAAAUUUGAAGACACAGGAAAUACGAGACUUACGAUGGUAGCAGAGUUCAUCAGAUACAAGCUUUUCGGUCCUCGACUGUACAAAGAAUAUGGAACACAGAAAUUGUACGAAGCCAACACUUUGGAACGUUGGGGCGAUCAAAUCUUGUCGACGUUGAACGUUUGUUGGAGCAUUUCCAUGUACGCCUCUCCGAUAAUUUUGAUGUUCGCCUACCGUCGUCAGUAUUUCACGAACGAAGGAUUGCCCGUAAUUGCGAAACUCGGCACAGGAGUAGCGGCAAUUGUCUUCAUUUCAUUCCUUUUGCGCGGAUUUGGGCGUUCAACGAACGAAACUUAUCAGAAAUUUGCGAAAAUUUUCCAAAAAGCUUCGUCGUCGGGAGGAAAUGAAGAAGCUUUACGUGCGAUGCGAAAAUAUGACUUUGAUUUCAGCGAUUUUCCGGUCGAUUUCACAGCAGGUCCUUGUGAAGUAAGCAAAAAGGAACAAACAACGAGAAAUUCAACUGUAUCUGCUCCGUGUCGGAUAUUAGCGUAUUUAGCAAUUCAUACAUUCGGCAUAAAAUUGAUCUAUCCGGGAAGCAUUCGAGCUGUUCAGAAUUUGGUUUUAGCGCCAAUGUUGUUGCAAGGCAGAAGUAAGUUGGUUGAAGAAGAGGAAGCAACGCGUUAUAAGCUGAAAACGUGCGAUAACAACGAAAUUGACUCAAUUUUCGUCGAUAACCGUGCGAAACAUGUCAACGGAAAAACUUUGGUGCUUUGUUCCGAGGGCAAUGCAGGCUUUUACGAAUUCGGUAUCAUGUCGACACCUUUAGCACUUAAAUAUUCAGUGUUAGGAUGGAAUCAUCCGGGAUUUUGCGGAUCUACAGGCACUCCAUAUCCGUCGCAAGAUAAAAAUGCAGUUAACGCCGUCAUGGAAUUCGCCCUGAAAAAGUUGAAUUUUGACGUGAAAGAUAUCAUUUUGAACGGAUGGAGUAUCGGAGCAUUUUCAACUCUAACAUUAGCAACCAAAUAUGACGUCAAAGCAUGCAUUUUAGAUGCAACUUUUGACGAUAUCUUACCUCUUGCAAUUCCUCGCAUGCCCGAAUUCUUCUCGUCAGUUGUCAGAAUUGCCAUUCGUGAAUACGUAAAUUUGCAUAAUUCGGAGUUAAUUAAACAAUACAAAGGUCCCGUUUUGCUCGUACGACGAACAGAAGAUGAAAUUAUCGCAACAGAAGAAGGAGAUUUGUCAUCAAAUCGUGGAAAUAAUUUACUUAUUGCACUUUUGAAAUUCCGUUUUCCAACUCUGUUUGAAGCAGAACAGCAACAAAAGCAUGCUCUCAAUAUCCUUUCGAAGCAUUUGGAUAAUUCAAGUCUAACAGCAGCCAAUGAAAGGCUCUGUGAACAACUUUUCCAAUCAUAUUUCGAAAGACGUGAUAGAAGUUACCCCGUUUACAUUGGCGAAAGUCUCGAAGAAGAAGACAAAAAUCAACUUGUCUUGUAUUUGAUCAAGAAACACCUUGUUGACUUCAAAUCGACUCAUUGCACUCCAUUACCAACAGAAUACUUUAGACCAGAUACACUUUUUGACAUUUCAAAGUACAAAUAAUCGCAUUUCGGCUUGAUGUUUAAAAAAAAAUGGGAAUU